AAAAAUUAAAAGGGCACUGCGCAGUUCAUCAAAAAGAGCAGAAAUGUGCAUUAUCUAGAGCGAAGGUCACCACGUUCCAAAAAUUCGGUCAUUUAAAAAUUUAGUUUAGUAUAUUACUUUUGAACUACAACAGUUUGAUCUGUUGCAAAAACGAAAACAUGUCGGCCAAAGAAUGCCUGAAGGAAAAAUUUCCUUUUAUAGUUACAAAAUCAGAAAUUUUGGUUUUGUUGCGUUGUAGAACAUGAUCCCCCUAACGCGCCUGGGCUCAAAAAUUCAGUGGACGUUUCAGUUCUUGGUCUGUGCUUAUUUUAAACGCUGUAAUGUUGGUCGGCUUGGGCUAGUUAUAUCCCUAACCUUACUUUUUUAUAGAGUUGUCAUUAUAUUACAGUUUAUCUAUAAUUUUAGGUAGAUCAGUAUCAGCAGGUUUUCUAUAUAUACAUAUAUAUUUAAAAAUUAUAUUUGUGCUCCAAAAUGUCUCAAAGCGUCUUCGUAGGACUAUGGAACGCGGAAAAGUUUCAUCGGGUUAAAAUUGAAGAUGUUGAUUUGGAAAGUAAAGUUAAAGAUUUAAAGAUCCACUUAUGCAAAACGUUAGAGCAUACAUCAACAGAUACUAUGAAUCUCUCUUAUUGUGGUGUGAUUCUUGAAGAUUGCAACAAUCUUUUGUCUUAUGGGAUAACAUCUGGGGUAACAAUUCACCUAACAGAAAAACCAAAAGUUGUCUCACCUCCUCCCAGGAAGAAGAUCACUGAAGCUGAAGUUCAAGAGAUAGUCAGUAGUUUUAGAAACUUCAAAAUGUCUUCAGGAUUUAGGACUACAUUACAUAGACUAGAAAACAUUGAUGAAGUUGAUAAAGUUAUUGCUGCUGUUCCAGGUCUAGAAAAUGAUCCCAUUGCUAUCUCCUUCAUUUCGAAACCUGAUCUAAUUUUACAAAUGGAGGAUCCCAAAGCUGUCUGGCAAAUUGGGGAAAAGCACCCCCAUUUGUUAGAAGCUGCUCGAUUUAUAGCAACUGAUUUCCACUGCAGUACAACACCCAAUGCCGCCUCAACAUCUUUGGCUGCAACUCCCAGUUCUUCGGGUUACUCAUAUUCACUAGACGCUCUUUCUGACGAUGAUGACGAUAUGGAAGGGGACAGUUCUGGAGCUGCUCAGGGAGCUAUCACAGCGGCCCAACUGGCUGCCGCCUUAGCACACGCCGCCUCCACCCCGCCAACGAGUGCUCGCAUAACCGCAGAAAUGUUACAGCAGGCUUUGCCAGUGACUCCCUCAAGGUUCGCCUCUCAGCUUAGGCAAAUGCGGGAGUUGGGACUGCAAGAAGAAAGUAGGAAUCUAAGAGCCCUUGCUGCUGCACAAGGUGAUUUGCAGGCUGCUAUUGAUCUGGUGUUUAGUGGUGCUUUAGAUGACUAAGAAACGUUUUCUGGCAACACCACAAACUGAUUUUUUUUGUUGCAUAUGUUGUGUAUUGUGUUUAUAAUGAUCCCCGUUUUUUAAUAAACCUGAACUAAUUAACAGAAUUUUAAGAAAUGCUUUAUAUCUAAUAGAUGGAAUUGAAAACGGCUUCAAGUUCUAACUCUUUUUUCAUUGCAUUUGGUAGCUCCCAAUGACCAGAUCUACUUUAUUGAAAUAACUAUUUUGUUUAUUUUUGUGUUAUUUGUUUUUAUAUUGUAAAUAUUAUUCACAAAUAUUAAUGUUGUAGUUACAAAUUUGUAACAAAACUAUGUUAGUUACAGUAACUAUAAAACUAGGUUUAGAAAUUUUGAGAUGCUGUAAUCACCAAUGGUUCAAAUAAAAUCACUA